CAGUAGCACAAUGGGCAAACUCCAGUAUCCCUAUAUCUGGCUCUUUUGCGCCUUUGCCGCUCUUGGAGCAUGCCAGUAUGGAUAUGAUGGUGUCUACUUUUCCGGGAUUCAGGCCAUGGACACAUUCAUUCGCCACUUCGGUACGCGCCAGCCGGAUGGAACUUACGAGAUUUCGCCCUCAGACUUGUCCAUCAUGAGUUCGAUGAUCAAUGUUGGUGAGCUGGUGGGAUCGCUCGGGGCUGCUCCCCUCAACGAUUUCUUCGGGAGGAAAGGUGCUUUCUUUCUAAGCGCUGUCACUGCUAUCGUCGGCACAGUUCUUCAGGUCAUUACGGAUCACGAUCAAAGUAUUAUCAUUGGGGGUCGAGUGAUUCUUGGACUGGGCGUUGGUAUCUUCUCUUCCACAAGUCCCUUGUACAUCGGAGAGAUUGCGCCAACCGAGAUUCGUGGACCUUUACUAGGAUGCUGGCAAUUGACGCUUUCCAUCUCCCAGAUCAUUGCAGCAGUUAUCAACCGCGGCACAGAAUCUUUGACAUCAACCGCCUCUUAUCGUAUACCCACGGCCGUCCAAUUGAUCUUUCCGAUCCUCGUCCUCGCUUUCCUUUACUGGGUUCCCGAAAGUCCACGCUGGCUCAUGCGCCGCUCCAAAGAAGAACGCUGCAAUUCAGCACUACGCUUGCUACACAAAGACGACAAAACCUACGAUCCUUCAAUGGAUAUAACUUCAAUCGAAAGCAGUCUCGCUGUGGAAGCCGAACAGUCCGCUCAGUCUAAAUGGAUAGACCUAAUCAAAGACCCCAUCGAACGACGCAAAGUCGUCUACAGCGCAGGCGCACUUGUAGCGCAACAGAUCAACGGCAUCCAGUGGUUCUAUUAUUUUGGAACCGUCUUCAGUCAGGCGAUUGGCCUCGAAGAUCCAUUUCUCAUGAGCAUUAUCGUGUUUUCUAUUCAAGUAGUCACGGUCUUCAUUGCGGUUUUAUGCGCGAACCGUAUCCCUCGACGACCGUUACUUCUGACCACAACCAUGGUCAUGAUGAUUAGUAUCUUCAUCGUAGGAUGUCUUGGUAUUCCGGGAGGUGAAGUUAGUGGGACGAGUGGGAAGGUUAUCAUCAGUUUCGUUAUCAUCGAGAUCACUGCGUUCAACUUCGCCUGGGGACCCCUCGGAUGGACAAUUGCUUCCGAAAUGGCAGUUGGUCGCAACCGUAACAAAAUAUACGCCAUCGCCGUCGCUUGUUUCUGGGUCACGGUCUGGGUUACUGUCUUCACCCUACCAUAUCUUUACUACACAGCGAACCUCGGUCCGAAAACUGGGUUCGUGUAUACUGGGCUGUGUUGUAUCACAUUGACAUAUGUGUGGUUCUGUGUUGGCGAGGUCACGGGUCGCAGUAUGGAGGAGAUUGAAGGGGUUUUCAGAGAUGGAGUGCCGGCCAGACAGUGGAGUACUCAGCCGAAACUGAGCAGCGCAGAAAUCAGAAGCUUGAAUGAGGUUAGUAUAGAGAAAGGGAAGCUGGAACAAUCGUAG